AUGGACUCCAAACUAAAAGCCGCCAUUCUGAUUGUUUCAGAUACAGCCUCAGAAGACCCUGCAUCCGACAAGGUUGUAGAUGCAUUGAGGCCCAUUCUGGCCGCGGAGGGGAAGUGGGAACCCCCCGCAUUCAAGAUCGUCCCCGACAAUGUAUUGAAGAUCCAACAAGCCGUCUGCGAUUGGGCUGAUGGCCCUAACUGGUAUAAUCUCAUUCUACUCAGCGGUGGAACAGGCUUCGCGGUCAAGGACAAUACUCCUGAGGCAGUGUCUCCCCUGAUCCAUCGCCAUGCGCCGGGUUUGAUACAUGGAAUGAUUUCUGCUUCCCUGAAGGUGACACCCUUUGCCAUGAUGGCUAGGCCCGUUGCUGGUGUUCGUGAUAAGUCUUUGAUUAUCACAUUGCCCGGAUCACCUAAAGGAGCAACUGAAAAUCUUGAUGCAGUCGUGAAGCUUCUGCCUCAUGCCUGUGUACAGACUGCUGGUGCUAAUUCACGGAGUCUCCAUGCUGGAGGUGUGAAGAAGCUAGAAUCGGAGGCUGGUGUUGGUGAAAAAAAACAGAACCAACACCAACACAAUCAUCAUCACCACCACCAUCACCAUGAUCAUGGACAUGGACAUGGUCACAAGAUUCCCAAAGCACAUACAGCGCCAUCGGACAGACCGCAGUCCAACGACCCGAGCGCAGGUCCUAAUCGGCGCUAUCGCUCUUCACCCUAUCCGAUGCUCUCUGUUGAGGAAGCUCUUCAGCGAAUAAACGAGCAAACCCCCGACCCAGAAGUGGUUGAAGUUCCAGUAACCACCUCCUUGAUAGGCUCGGUCGUUGCCGAAGACAUCUACGCGGCUGAAUCUGUGCCCGCAUAUCGGGCUAGUAUCGUGGAUGGCUACGCAGUUAUCGCACCGGACACAAAAUCAACCGGACAGUCCACUAAGGGUAUCUUCCCCGUGGCAUCCAUUACUCACGCCAACGUCGGCGGCAAUCUGGAGCCAUUGCAGCCCGGCACCAUCGCCAGAAUCACCACUGGGGCCCCUCUUCCCCCAAACGCAAAUGCCGUGGUCAUGGUUGAAGACACGACCCUGGCCUCCUGCACGCCUGACGGGAAAGAGGAGGCGACAAUCGAGAUCCUCACCGAUGACAUCGAGCCCGGCGAGAACGUUCGCGAGCCAGGCAGCGAUGUCUCCCUGGGCUCCAAGAUCCUUGCUCGCGGUGACCUGAUCACACCCGUCGGCGGAGAGAUCGGACUUCUAGCUUCAACUGGCACCAAGACCGUCAAGGUCUUCCGCAAGCCACGGGUAGGCGUUCUGAGCACUGGUGACGAACUCGUAGAGCACAACGACCCCCGAGCCCUAACGGGCGGCCAGAUCCGCGACUCCAACCGCCCAUCCCUCAUCUCCUGCCUGAAGUCCUGGGGCUUUGAAACCAUUGAUCUGGGCAUCGCACGCGACACACCCGCCAGCGAACUCGAACAUGCCCUCCGCGACUCCCUCCGUGGAGUUGGCCGGGCCUCAACCAGCGUCGACGUAAUAAUAACCACGGGCGGGGUAUCAAUGGGUGAACUGGACCUCUUGAAACCGACAAUCGAGCGAUCCCUCGGCGGAACAAUCCACUUCGGACGCGUCUCCAUGAAACCAGGCAAACCAACAACAUUCGCAACAAUCCCCUUCAAACCAACUGGCGAUAACACCCAGCAAGAACGCCAAUCAAAACUCAUCUUCUCCCUCCCUGGAAAUCCAGCUUCGGCCUUGGUAACCUUGAACUUGUUUGUUCUGCCUUCUCUACACAAACUUACCGGCCUGGGACACAGUUCGCAAGCGCUGGCUUCGAAACCGUGGCUUGCGCCACAGCUUGGGUUGCCGCUUGUGGCUGUUGUCUUGACUCAUGAUUUCCCGCUUGAUUCUAAGCGUACGGAAUACCAUCGUGCUGUAAUUACGGGUUCGCGCUCGGAUGGCCGGUUGUAUGCGACUAGUACGGGGGUUGAGGGUGCUGGGCAGAGGUCGUCUAAGGUGGGGAGCCUUGCCAAGGCUAAUGCACUGUUGGUGCUGCGGCCUGGGAGUGGAGUGGCUAGUCGUGGGGAAAUUGUUGAGGCUCUGAUGAUGGGCAAUGUACAUGGUUCGGACUAG